UUUCCCAGGUACAAUCACCCAGAGAAGCUUCUGGAGACCAGAAGAGGGCGUUGUGGGGAAUGGGCCAACUGUUUCACGCUGCUCUGCCGAGCUUUAGGCCUUGAGGCCAGAUACAUCUGGGACAGCACAGAUCACGUGUGGACGGAGGUGUAUUCUCAGUCGCAGCAUCGCUGGCUACACUGUGACCCUUGUGAAAACACAUGCGAUAAACCCCUCCUGUAUGAAGUCGGCUGGGGGAAGAAACUCUCCUACAUCCUGGCAUUCUCUAAGGACCAGGUUGUGGAUGUGACAUGGAGGUACUCCUGUAAACACCCAGGGGUCCUUUCCAGACGCACACAGAUUCAGGAGACAUGGCUGCUGCCUACGCUUAACGGUCUCAACGCUACGAGGCAGCAGUCUCUAGGAGCAGAGAGGAAGCAGCAGCUGUUGCAAAGACUGCUGGUGGAGCUGGUAGAGUUUAUUUCUCCAAAGACUCCUACAUCUGGAGAGCUGGGAGGUCGUGGCUCAGGAUCUCUGGCUUGGAGGGUGGCUCGAGGGGAGUCUGGGCCAAGUGACACUAAAGGGGAUGGACAGGAACGUGUCUUCAUUCCUUCAGAAUCUGAAAAGCAAAACAAAUUGUUCCACAUUUGCUAUAAUGUGACCAAAAACUCUUACUUCAGACUGAGCAAUGGCCAAGAGACUAUCCCAGGAUGGCAGAGAGGUGCUUGGAGGACAGAAAAUAUGUACAGGAAAGAAGAGAAUGACUGGCAGAUGGUUUGUUUCUUUUAGCUGUGUAUUUUUUGUAGAAAAUACCUUU